GUGGCAGUAAUGCAUAUACUAUAAGCUGUUUUGCCGACCGCCAAUAAACACCAAAGAAGAAGAAGGAAGAAGGAGAAGUAGUAGUAGUAGUAGUAAACAAGCCAAACCAGCUAAACCGAGCUGUUUGCAACAUUUUGUGCAAGACAUCUUAGUUGCAGCGUGCAUGCAUCAGUCGGGUCUUGCAGGUCUGUCCGGCCUGUGCAGAGUCACCGACCAUCUCUACCUCAGUAAUCUCACAGCAGCUAAUGACUCCUCUCAGGUGACUCGGUGCCAGAUCACCUGCAUCGUGAACGUCUCUGAAACCAAGAUCCGCCGCGGCCCUCCUCUUCCCGGGGUGGAGUACAUCCACAUCCCGCUGCCGGACUCUGCGGUGUCUCCUCUCAGCGAGCACUUUGACUCGGUGGCGGAUAAGAUCCAGCUCACUGCGGAGCGCGGUGGCCGGACAUUGGUGCACUGCAUCGCCGGAGUGAGCCGCUCCAGCUCGCUGUGCAUGGCUUACCUGAUGAAGCACCGUGGGGUGGGUCUCCUGGAGGCCCACGACUGGGUGAGGAGCUGUCGACCCAUAGUGAGGCCCAAUAACGGCUUCUGGAAACAGCUCAUCCGCUAUGAGAUGGAGCUGCGCGGGUGCACUUCAGUCCGCAUGGUCUGCUCCUCCAUGGGAGAGCUGCCAGACAUCUAUGAGCAGGAGGCCACAAAUAUGAUGCCACUGUGAAGAAGAAGAAGAAGUCACUGCACUGAUUUGUACUUUGUGUUGGGGUUUGUUCAUAUAUAAUUCAUAGCCUUUUAUAUUUAUACAAUAUUUUAUUCCUAAAAAUGUUUUUUUUUUAUGGCUGUUAAUAUUUUCUGGUUUAUGGAGCAAUAAAAGAGAUAUACAACAUUUCCUCUGUAAAAAA